ACAAAGCUAAAUGAUGAUGUUGAGGCUAAAACUAUAGAAAGCUAGAAGCUUCUGCAAGUACACGAUUUCAUUGUGUAAAAUCCUAUACGAACCAACACUAACUGUUGAAUCUUGUAGACCACAAGAUACAGCAUAACGAACCUGUUUUGAGUUAACACCAGUGAAAGAAAAGGUAAUCGGAGAUGACGAACGAAGAAGGGGUCAAUUCUGAGGUCACAGGUGUUUCGGAGGUAGGGAAUGAAAAUGGACGACCUCUGAGAGUUCAGUUUUAUAUGAGUGGGGGAAGCCUGACUGAAGAGAACUAUCCAGAGAAACUGAUGUAUGCGACGGAGACCACAGCGGAUUGUGUCCUGUCGGGGUUAACGGAGACGUAUAAUUAUACGGCUGACGAUGUCAAUCAUUUUUAUACUCCCCCGUUAACGACAGCUAUUAUAGAUCCAGAAAAUGAUUGUUCCACCGAUCUCCCCGACAACCAACCAGCCGCCAUUAAACUGUCCAAAAGUGAAAGAUUCAGUUUGUUUUGGCAUUCUAUAAUCGAUAAUCAAAUCUGUGAUUAUUUAUGUAUAUUAUUUAGUGGAUUGUAUGCUAUGAUACUGGUAAUACUAGGCUUGGUUAUAUCUGUAUCCAGAACUUAUACACCGGAUAUAAACAGCUUACCUCAUGUGCUCUUCUCUCUGUAUCUUUAUGUCGUCAGCAUCGCAUUCCUGGCGUUUGUGAUACUCUAUCUGAUUCGUAACUCGCCAUUACACCAGCGAAUUAAAGCAUUUAUCAGUACAGAUAGUUUAAUAAGUAAUAAAGAAGAUUUAACCAAUCCAGCCGUAACCUAUGACGUAUCGCCCACAUCCAACACCGGCAGCUUUUACUUGCGACUGGCGGCAAUUGGUUUUGGUAUUGGUAGUAUGAUAAUGAUUGGACUACAAGUUGGUCAGUUUCUAGAGGUUUUAUCACUGACCGGAAGUGUAGAUGUUAUGAUUGGUCUAUCACACCUGUUACAUUUAUUCUAUACUUUUAUACAACUUUAUUUUAUAUUCUCGUAUUCUAAGCUGUGUUACCAAAGAUUUAAGCUGGUAGCAAGAUUUGGAUUAAUGCAUCUGGUAGCAACGAAUUUAUGUGUUUGGUUCUCUGAUGUAGUCACAGCUACUUUAACCAUGGUUCCUAAUGACAACAUAACAAUUACCAUGAAAACCAAUAUCUCCAAAUAUGAUGAUCAUUGGAUACCAGAAAGUAAUAAUAUAUUGAUUGACAGUAGUCUUGGUACAAUUAACCAAUCGCUGAGUCCCUACCUAUAUCCAUGUAGUAUCCAAUACAGUUUUAUAUGUACAGGCAUAACGUAUAUAAUGUGGAAAAAUAUUGGUAACAAUAGUAACAGUGAGAAUCAAGAAAACAAAGCGGAUGCCAAGGUGAAGGUCAAACGUUCCAGAUUGAAUAUCGAUUGUACGAAUUCUAGCAAAGGUCUCUUCUUUGGCGUUUUUCUCUUGGUUGUAACCGUAAUCGUGUCUAUAAUAUUUAUAGUAUUACAGCGUGGUAACCACGAGAGUCGGAUUGCCGCUUUCCAAACGCUAUAUAUUUCGGACCUCGUUGUGGGUGCCAUAUUGUUACUGGCUGCCAUCUUGGCCUUUUGGAACAUGCGCAAUCUGCAAUUCAACUCAAACAAAACGCUGGAUCUCGAGGAAGUGUUGUUGCUAAUAUCGCUAUCCGGUAUUUAUAUGUUUCAUCUGUUCAGUAUAAUAGCUGCCUACCAUGUCACGGAAAGCCCUUCGAGGUUACUUACUGGGGCUAGCGUCGUUAUUAUUUUGCAAGCCACCACACAAACCGUGGCUAUAUUUUGCGGAUUACGCAUGCGUAUUAGAAGUAGAGAUCAAGAAUAUCUUAAACCUGGUCGCGAGGCAACAACAUUUCUUUUAGUUUCGAAUAUGGCUUUAUUUGGUGUUGAUACAGUUGUUGUUCAAAAUGCAGAAACAAACCCCAUUCAAAUUUUAUUCUUCGGAAAUUUAUCAUGGUAUAUACUUAUCCACAUUGCCUGGCCCUUUGUUAUAUUUUAUCGUAUACAGUCAGCCGUGUGUUUAUCGAAUGUAUGGAAACGCACUGGUGACAAUUUAACCAAAGCAUCAUCCUCAGCAGCAUCAUCAACUGGAAAAUUAUCGUCUUCAGAAUGCUAAGGUAUAGCUUCAAAUUUGUUUCAUUGUAUAUACAUAGUCAAAUUUCAUCCUUUAACUUAAUCAUUAUACGAUAUGUACAUGUAUACUAUCAUUAUCUAUACGAUAUAUACACGUAUAUUUUCAUUAUAUAUACGAUAUGUACAUACUAUCAUUAUUGUAUACGAUAUGUACAUGUAUACCAUCAUUACAUAUAUUUUAUCAUUAUAUAGACGAUAUGUACAUGUAUAACUAUCAUUAUUUAUACGAUAUGUACAUGUAUACCAUCAUUACAUAUACGAUAUGUAUACCAUCAUUAUAUAUGCUAUCAUUAUAUAUACAAUAUGUACAUGUAUACUAUUAGUUGCCGUGUUUUAACUGCCCAUUGGGACUUCAAAUGGCAGACGUUAGUGGUUGACAAAUACGGAUAUCUUAUUUCAUUAAUUAUUGACUAAAUAUAUUCAUUUUCCCAACUGAUUAGACGAACUUUAUUUUCAGAAAAAAAUAAGUUUAAUAGUUGACCCUUUAAUCUCUUAAGGGAUAUAUCUUUAUAUCUUUGUUUGUAUCAGUAAUUUUCUUUUUAAAUAAACGAGAUGUUAAAUACAGAUAUUUCAUAUUUCA